CCGGGGCACCCUCAGCAGUGACCUACUUGGGUCCCCAUAAUUGCUGCCCUCCUGCCUUGGGAGGCUACAUAUAGGGAUGGCCUGGUGCUGGGCUCCCACAGCUGGACGCCGACACCAGCGGGAGGAUGGCCAGGCCCCUGGAGCAAGCAGUAGCUGCCAUCGUGUGCACCUUCCAGGAGUACGCAGGGCGCUGCGGGGACAAAUACAAGCUCUGCCAGUCGGAGCUCAAGGAGCUGCUGCAGAAGGAGCUGCCCACCUGGACCCCGACUGAGUUUCGGGAGUGUGACUACAACAAAUUCAUGAGCGUCCUGGACACCAACAAGGACUGCGAGGUGGACUUCGCGGAGUACGUGCGCUCGCUGGCCUGCCUCUGUCUCUACUGCCACGAGUACUUCAAGGACUGCCCUCCCCCAGAGCCCCCCUGCUCCCAGUAGCCUGUGCUGUAGUUGGGGGGGCGCCCCGGCAGGGCAGGAUCCGCCCCAGGCUGUGCCAUCUCUGCCCCCGGGUGGUCCUGGCUGUGCCUCCCACACCCCCUUCCCUUGGCCCUGUGUCCCCUGCAAUGUGGAAUCGUGCAGAUCAGCCCUGCUGGAGGACCAGGGUGCCCAGCCAGUGAGGCAGCUCCCGCUCCCUGUCUGUGCAGUGGACGGAGGAGGCGGGGAUGUGCCGUGGGCCCUGGAGGCCCGGCACGGUGCGUGCCAGCAAGACCAGGACGGGAUGGGCCUUUCCGCUCCUAAUAAAGAACAGGUGUCCGUG